UCUCUACCACUCGCAGCCCACCAACUCUCUCUUACGACCAAAAGAAGAAAAAAAACUCUCUCUUUUUUCUACUUCGUCUUCUCCUUCCUGUUUUCCGCCUCACAGCUAACCAUCUUACUCUCCCACCAGCAAUGGCGGCGACUACGACUGCUACGGCUGCUUCACUGUACUCAUCUCGUGUUCAUUUCCAGAAUCAGAACAAGGGGUAUUGGAUUCCGGCGAAAACCCCAAACUCCCUGCAAGUAGCCCAAAUCAUUGACGGGAGGAAGAUGAGGAAUGCCACUCUUCUCUCCGCCGCUUCCACCGAUAAAGCCGUCACCACUGGUCAGCCUGUUUUUUCCACCGCAUGUGAUAGAGUACGGAGGCAUACAAUCUCGGUGUUUGUGGGUGAUGAGAGUGGAAUAAUAAACCGGAUAGCUGGAGUGUUUGCGAGAAGGGGAUACAAUAUUGAGUCCCUCGCUGUGGGAUUGAACGAAGACAAGGCUAUGUUUACUAUCGUUGUUCUUGGAACAGACAAAGUCUUGCAACAAGUAGUAGAACAGCUUAACAAACUCGUCAAUGUCAUCAAGGUUGAAGAUCUCUCCAAGGAGCCACAUGUAGAACGUGAAUUAAUGCUCAUUAAACUUAACGCUGAUCCAACCACACGCUCAGAGAUCAUGUGGUUAGUGGAUAUCUUUAGAGCAAAAAUCGUUGAUACCUCGGAGCACACUCUAACGAUCGAGGUAACCGGAGACCCGGGAAAGAUGGUUGCACUAAAGACGAACUUAGAGAAGUUUGGAAUAUUAGAAAUCGCGAGAACGGGGAAGAUUGCUCUGAGACGAGAAAAGAUGGGAGAAACUGCUCCAUUUUGGAGAUUUUCAGCGGCAUCAUACCCACAUCUCUCAAAACAAUCGUCUCAUGAAGAUGUUGCAGAGAAAACAAAACUAGCAUUGACUGGAAAUGGCAACGCAUCAUCUGGGGGUGACGUCUAUCCAGUGGAGCCCUAUAAUAAUUUCCAACCGGUCCUUGACGCUCAUUGGGGUGUGGUCUACGACGAAGAUUCGAGUGGUCUCCGGUCCCACACGUUAUCUAUACUUGUGACCAACGUUCCUGGAGUUCUCAAUCUAAUAACAGGUGCUAUCUCCAGGAGAGGUUAUAACAUCCAGAGUCUAGCUGUUGGUCAUGCUGAGAAAGAGGGCUUAUCUCGGAUCACGACAGUUAUCCCUGGAACUGAUGAAAAUAUAGACAAAUUGGUGAGGCAGCUUCAGAAGUUGAUUGAUCUGCAUGAGGUCAAAAACAUAACUCACAUGCCAUUUGCGGAGCGAGAAUUGAUGCUCAUCAAAGUAGCUGCUCAUACUACUGCGAGGAGAGAUGUUCUUGAUAUCGCUCAAGUUUUCCGAGCUAAAGCCAUUGAUGUCUCUGAUCAUACAAUCACCCUUGAGGUUACAGGCGAUAUCAGAAAAAUGGCUGCACUACAAACGCAGUUAGAGGUCUAUGGAAUCUGCGAGGUGGCUCGGACAGGAAGAGUGGCAUUGGUAAGAGAAUCUGGAGUGGAUUCGACUUACCUUCGUGGAUACUCUCUUCCUUUGUAGUUCCAAAAGAGGACUUGCCGCAAGCUUCACCGUUCUUGGAAACUAGUCAAGGACUCCACCUUGUUCCAUCAUGUGUGUUUGAUUUCUUCCUCGCGAGUCAUGGCGUUUCGAGUUGUUGUUAUAGGAGGACUUAUAUUAGAGAACUAAAUAAAUAAUUGUAAGAUUAUGUUGGUUAAAUUAAAUUAGUGUGGAAUGCUUUUCUCAAAUCUAAACCACUGUUUCCAGUUUAUCAGUUUGUUACUAGCUUUCUAAGUCUUGUAUCAAUUUGGUCACAGAA